UCAGCCCCGCCUUCGUCGUUUACCUCACAGGGCGGAGGCCGAGAAAGAGAGCUGAGAAGAGUGGGGCGAGGUAGGCGGGGAGUCGCACGCGAGUGCGGCCGGCGAAAGAAGGGCGGGGAGGACAAGAUCCAAGGCAACGUUACCCCGUUAACACCCAAUCAGGAGCGGGCCCAACCCCGCCCCUUCCUCUCACGCUAUUGGCUGGGAGGCCCCCAGGUGGGCGUGGCCAGCGUGGGGUUGGGGAGGGCAGGGGGCGGGGAGCGGGAGGAAGGCGCUGGCGGGCAGUGAUGGCGGCGGGUGAUGGGGACCUGAAGCUAGGCACCCUGGGGAGUGGCAGUGAGAGCGGCAGCGACGGCAGCAGCGGGAGCCCAGGCGGCGCGGGAGCGGCAGCGGAAGGGGGCGGCUGGGCGGCGGCGACGCUGGCGCUUCUGACGGGGGGCGGGGAGAUGCUGCUGAACGUGGCGCUCGUGGCGCUGGUGCUGCUGGGGGCCUACCGGCUCUGGGUGCGCUGGGGACGGCGGGGUCUGGGCGCCGGCGCGGGCCCGGGCGAGGAGAGCCCCGCGGCGUCCCUGCCGCGCAUGAAGAAGCGGGACUUCAGCUUGGAACAGCUGCGCCAGUACGACGGGUCCCGCACCCCGCGCAUCUUGCUCGCCGUCAAUGGGAAAGUCUUCGACGUGACCAAAGGCAGCAAGUUCUACGGCCCCGCGGGGCCAUACGGAAUAUUUGCUGGAAGAGAUGCCUCCAGAGGACUCGCGACAUUUUGCCUUGAUAAGGAUGCACUUAGAGAUGAGUAUGAUGACCUCUCAGAUUUGAAUGCAGUACAGAUGGAGAGUGUUCGAGAAUGGGAAAUGCAGUUUAAAGAGAAAUACGAUUAUGUAGGCAGACUCCUAAAACCUGGAGAAGAACCUUCAGAAUAUACAGAUGAAGAAGACACCAAGGAUCACAAUAAACAGGAUUGAACUUUGUAAACAACCAAAGUCAGGGGCCUUCAGAACUGCAGUUCUUACUCCCUUUCACAGAAUGUCCAGUGUCUUGUUUUCACCUGCUGCGAAAAAUAUUCGACCGAUUGUAUACAAGACGAGUCUCAUCGUGAAGAUUUGAAUACUAGACAUUAUGUAUGCUGCCAAACUCAUUUGUUGCAGUUGUU